UUAGUCUUGGCUGUGUAUUGUUCCAUGGGAUAAUAGACCCUGACGUAUUUGUUGUUAGCCGAAUUUCUCAUCUAGAGUUCCUCUCACCUACAUAAGGAAGGGUUCUGCUUCUUCCUGUGCGUCUUCUAUCGUUCCGAGUUCCCAAACCAAUCCGUUCCUCUACUGUCUAUUAAGCAGUCCUGCUUUCGCUCCGGCGACCCCCUCUCUAAGGCAAUAUCGUCUCUCAACCUAUUUGCCGCCAACUUCUGCCCCCCGUGGCACUGAAAAAGACAACCCGUCCACGUGCUCGUCUUGUUCUCGGUCACUCUUUUCGAGUUUCGUUCAGAAACAGCGAUGCGUUUCUCUGUACACAGGGUCUCAUUCGGCCUCUGUGCCAUUCCUCUCCUUGGACUCGUGGUUGCUGAGCCAUAUGUUCUACACCACCACUUCGACCGCACCAACUUCUUCGACGAGUUCACUUUCUUCGACGAACCGGAUCCCACCCGUGGCGUUCAGCGGUAUGUCAGCGCAGUCGAGGCCAACUCGGUGAGUCUUGCGGGCUUCGCCAACGACGCAGUCUUUCUAGGCGUGGACUACAAGACCCCGGGGCCCUGGCGGCGCUCGGUCCGCGUCACAUCCAACACCGCCUACGACAGCGGGCUCUUCAUCGCCGAUAUCGCACACAUGCCUACCAGCAGCUGCGCAGUCUGGCCCGCGUUUUGGAUGUUCGGCCCCCAGUGGCCGUACGACGGGGAGAUCGACAUCAUCGAGGGCGUCAACACGCAAGACCGGAACAAGAUCACCCUCCACACCGGCCCCGGCUGCUCCAUCACCAACGAAGGCACCACGGCCUCGACGACGCUGAGGGAGACGAACUGCAACGCCGGCGACGCCUACCUCGGCUGCACGCAGACGACAGCCAGCAACGACAACUACGGCGACGGCUUCAACGACAUUGGCGGCGGCGUCUACGCGACCCAGUGGACGGGCGAGCACAUCUCGGUCUGGUUCUUCCCGCGCGGCAGGAUCCCGCCGGACGUGCGGUCGGACAGCCCGGACCCUUGGACGUGGGGUCCCGCGCUGGCCCGCUUCAAUGGCGGCGACGGGUGCCGCAUCCCGGACCACUUCAGGCAGCAGAGCCUUGUCUUCAACAUUGCGUUGUGCGGCGAGUGGGCGGGACGUGUGUGGGGUGACGAUGCGGAGUGCUCGGCGCUGGCGCCGACUUGCGACGAGUGGGUUGCCAAUAACCCGGACGCCUUUGCUGAAGCGUACUGGUUGAUCAAUUCGGUUCGAGUCUUCCAGUUGGAGGAGGCAUGAGGAGCGUUUUCCCUUGGGCCUGGUACAUGUUCCACGGCGAUGCCUUUUUUAUUUUUAUUUUUAUUUUUUAGCAUUUCAUUUCCAAUCCUCGUGCAUGGCAGCAUGGCAGCAUGGCAGUAUGACAUCUGGUUGCGUUAUUUGUUUCACCCUUCCUUUUCGUUUGCUUGUUGUCUUUGGCUUCAGUCUUUAUUAGACAGAUACCCU